AUGACGCGGCCCUCCAGCAAAGCUGCCUUUGUCGCUUCUCCGCCGUUCCCUUCCGCCUCGCCGCCCCCAGCUGCUUUUCCCUCUUCGGCUCUCGCUCCCCACACUGCGAUUCGGCCGCAUCACGCACUCGCCGCUUCUUCGCAGGGGAGUGGCCUGUGUGCCUCCGCCUCGUCUCCUUCCUCUCCGCUCUUCGCUCCGUCGCAGGUCCCGGGGGGUCUCGCUGCCGUCAUCGCAGACUCUGCGCAGGCUUGCCGCGACGCGGCUCCCACGUCCCCUGCCCCCUCGCCUGCGUUCCUCUCGGCCGUCCACCCUGCUGCGUUUGAUCGAAGGCCGCAGAAGAUGCGUUGGAGAGACCUGCAGCAGCUGCGAGACAGCCGCGAAGAACGCUUUGCUGCGCUGAAGAGUAUGCGCGAGCAAGAAACCCCUUGCUUCCAAGCCGACCACUGGGCCCCCGACCAGCCGCUGUUGGAAAUCGAAGACCUCCGCGUCGAAGCUGAGGAAGACGGCCAGCAAAUCCUAAAGGGCGUCAACCUCACGGUGAUGCCAGGCGAGAUCCACGCCAUCAUGGGACGCAACGGAUCCGGCAAAUCGACGCUGUCGAAGGUGCUUGCGGGCUACCCGAGCUACAAAGUGACGGGCGGUCGAGUCCGGUACAAGGGCAUGGACCUCUUGGAGCUGCCAAUCGACAACCGGGGUCUUGCUGGGCUUUUUCUGGCCUUCCAGUACCCGAUCGAAAUUCCUCUCGUGAGCAACUUGGAAUUCCUCCGCGUCGCCUACAAUGAGCGCCUCAAGUGGAAAGGCCAGCCAGAAGUCGACAGCUAUGAAUUCCGUGAACACGUCGAACAGCGGCUCCAGGAGGUUGGAUUGGACCGCUCUUUCCUGGAUCGGCCGCUGAACUACGGAUUCAGCGGCGGCGAGAAGAAGCGAAACGAAAUUCUGCAGAUGCUUCUCCUCGACCCUGAGUUGGUGAUGCUGGAUGAAACUGAUUCUGGGCUUGACGUCGACUCCUUCAAUAUCACAGCCGCGGCAAUCAAGCGCUUCUCGCAGCGGAAAGGCAAGUCGUUUCUCGUGACGACGCACUACAAGAAGCUCCUCGACGUGAUUCAGCCGCACAAGAUCCACGUGAUGCACGCCGGGAAGAUCGUACUUUCCGGCUCGCUAGAUCUAGCGGGCCGCAUCGAGGCCGAGGGCUUCAAGGGACUCGUUGGCGACGCUGCGGAGGGCGAAGAGCCAGACGUGCGCGACACAACGCAGCAGGCAGAGAGCGAGGAAUCCGAAAACCCAGAGCGCUCCGCACUCUCGCCCUCCGCACUCUCGCCCUCCGCUGCGGGAGGAGGGAGACGCGACCUCGACCGGCUCCUGUAA